GCUUGUCUGAGAGCAGACGGCGAAGGGAGGUCUGUUCUAUCUUUUAACUCUUCAAGUGGCUUUUGUUACUUUGGGUUUGGGGUUAUGUCACGUUCUGGGGACGCGGUUUCGUGUGAGCGGGAAGACAAAGGAGGAGGGAAAAGGGGAGACGGGCUGGACAGGCCUGUAGGGCGAAGUUCAGGAAGGGCCGCCGCUGCUGCCGGUCCCCGUAGGCAUGUCCUCCCGGCACAGGCACCUAGGCAACGGCGCCGGCCCCGGGACGGAUGCCGUGACUCCUUCCUAUUUCAGACGGACCUACCCAGGGUAAAUAGCUGUGUGAAGAGUGAUGAGCAUGUCCUGGAGGAGCUGGAAACAGAAGGGGAGAGGCAGCUGAAAAGCCUCCUUCAGCAUCAACUUGAUACCAGUGUCUCCAUUGAGGAAUGUGUAUCUAAGAAAGAGAGCUUUGCUCCUGGUACUAUGUACAAGCCCUUUGGGAAGGAAGCAGCUGGGACUAUGACUUUGUCCCAGUUCCAGACACUGCAUGAGAAGGACCAGGAGACUGCUUCUCUCAGGGAACUAGGGCUUAGUGAGACAGAAAUCUUGAUUUGGAAGAGCCAUGUUUCAGGUGAAAAGAGGGCGAGACUUAGGGCAACCCCUGAAGCGAUACAGAACCGUCUUCAAGAUAUUGAGGAAAGAAUCUCAGAGCGUCAGCGCAUCCUUUGCCUGCCACAGAGAUUUGCAAAGAGCAAACAGCUGACCCGGCGAGAAAUGGAAAUAGAAAAUUCUUUAUUUCAGGGAGCUGAUCGUCACUCCUUCCUCAAGGCUCUUUAUUACCAAGCAUACCACAAAAAGACAAGUGCAGACAAGUACAUGACCUCAAUGAAGAGGAAGAUAAAAUUAGGCACAAAAGAUGAAUCCCAAAAGAAGAACAAAGGUGAUCCCAUGAACAACCUGGAAAAUUUUUACCAAGAGAUGAUAAUGAAAAAACGUCUUGAAGAGUUCCAACUAAUGAGAGGUGAACCCUUUGCUUCCCACUCACUGGUCUCAGCUACAUCAGUGGGAGAUAGUGGCACAGCUGAGAACCCGUCAUUACUCCAGGACAAGGGAAAACAGGCAGCACAGGGUAAAGGUCCCAGUCUCCAUGUGGCAAAAGUUAUUGAUAAUUCACCUGAGCAGUGUUGGACGGGGCCUAAGAAGCUGACGCAGCCAAUAGAAUUUGUCCCAGAAGAUGAGAUCCAGAGAAAUCGUUUGUCAGAGGAAGAGAUCCGAAAAAUUCCUAUGUUUUCUUCAUAUAAUCCAGGGGAGCCAAACAAGAGAAGAUGCAUCCAAGCAAGAAGUGACCGAGCCACCUUGACCAGAAGUCCUCUUGAUUUUUUAAAAAAUGUUCAUAUCAAAGGGAAUAAUCUUAGUAUGGAUCUUUCCUACUUGGUGUUAUACCUGAAGAACCUUAGCCCUCGGGUGACCGAAAGAGAUCUUGUCUCAUUAUUCGCUCGGUUCCAGGAGAAGAAAGGACCUCCAAUUCAAUUCCGAAUGAUGACUGGACGAAUGAGGGGGCAGGCUUUUAUCACUUUUCCCAAUACAGAAAUAGCAUGGCAAGCAUUGCGUCUAGUAAAUGGAUAUAAACUACGUGGGAAAAUAUUGGUGAUAGAAUUUGGAAAGAACAAAAAGCAGCAGUCAGAUCUCCAGGCUGCUUCUCUAAUAUCAUCUACUACAGAUAAUACUACAGAAAUCAGUGGCAGCUAGAAGACAUAAAGAUUGUGAGUCCCAGGAGGUCUUUCUUGCAUCAGAAUCUAAGAUCUAGGAUUUGUAUAUAGAUAGCAAUUUAUUUGGAAUUGAAGAAGAGAAGCUAACUGAGGGAGAGAAAACUGAAUUAAAAUCCCUUUCAGCUUUUGGAAAGAAUUGGUAGAAAACAUUUUCUAUAAUCAAACACUCUCUGGGAUAGACAAUAUAAUGAGUAUGGAGGAUAGGGAAUAAAGAGUAUCAUUUUCUCAGGAUAAAUUACAGUAGAUUACUUCCAAGGGUUUUUUUUUAAUCAUUAUAAUUUAUAUGAGGUCUUAAAUAUUUGUCCCUUGAGAUAACAUUCUUUCAAGACUGGCUCCUAUAUAUACAAAACUAAAAAAUGAAUUAAGUGUUGAAAUAUUUAUUUAUAGAGCCCAUUUGUCCCUAAAUUUAUUUUCCUAGUAAAUAAAUGACCAAGACUCCAGGCCUAAACAUCAGCAAAUGCUCUUGAAUGAGACCUAUCAGCAGUAACAGUAGGUAGUUUUCAUAAGUUAGUCAACAUAUUUAAUGGACAUUUCCCUAUUAAGUUAUCACUGUCUUCAAAUAGCUUUAUAUUUUUUCUAAUGAAAGAAUUUAGAUCAAAACAUUAAUGUUCUCAUAGUCAUUUAAGCUAGCUACCAUUGAGUAAUGAUUGAAUUAAAAGCAAUAAACAUUGAAUCAUUGUCUAUUACAUGUUAGAGAUUAGAUAUAUUAAUUUUAGAAGAGGAACAUACUAGCAAAGAAUAACUAAAGAGGGGUAGAAAUAAAGAGCUCUCUAGAAGAGAGACAGCCUACCCCAAAUCCCCCAGUUGUUUGUUUGUAGUUGCUGGAGAAUAGAAAGAUGAUAUGAUAUAGAGGAAGUAGUACAAACUUUGGAGUCAGACCUGUUUGAACUUCACAGCCAUACUUACCACUCUGUGACUUUGGCAAGUCACUUAAUCUGAGCCUCAGUUUUCUCAUCUAUAAAAAUGACGAUAAUAAUACUACUUACCUCAUUGGGUUGUGAUGUUUAAUGGGAUAAUUGUAUCCAGGUUGAAGAUCAGAAAGAAAAAAUAAUGAAAAUUUAAUGGGGUAAAGAACCAUUAAGCACUCCAACAUACUUGUAAUGGGAAUGUCAGAGAAAGAAAGGAGCAGAAAAAAUAUUCCAAUAAAUAAUGGCUGUAAAAUCCCAAAUUUGAUGAGAAACAUUAUCUACACAUCUGAGAAAUCUCAAUGAACCCCAAUUAGGAUAAAUAAGAAGAAAUCAACAAACAUACCAUAAUAAGAAUGCUAAAACCCAAAGACAAAGAGAAACUUUUGAAAGCAACAUGAGACAACUGAAGCAACUUACAAGGGAACCUCAAUAAGAGUAAUAGAUGACUUCUCAUCAGAAACAAUGGAGGUGGCAGUGGGAAAACAUAUUCAAAGUGCUGAAAGAAAAAGACUGUCAAUAUAGAAUCCUAUAUUCAAUAAAGCUGUUUUUCAAAAAUGAAGAUGAAAUAAAGACAUUCCCACAUAGUCAAAAACUGAGAGACUAUGUUGCUGUCAGGCCUGACUUACAGGAAAUGUUAAAGGAAGUUCUUCAGGUGGAAAGCAAGUGACCUCAGACGGUAAUUUGAAUCUACACAUCCAAAAAAUUAGCAUGGGUAAAGGUAAUUAUGUAAUUAUAAAAGACAGUCAAAAUACAUUUUUCCUUUCUUAAUU